AUGCUUGAUCGAUUAGCUUUUGAGACGUGGGACGGACUCGCCAAGUUUCUAACUCAAAGGGACAGAGUUUCGCUGACGUACGUUAGCUCGUCGGUCAGGUCAUCUAUCUUGCCGAUCCUGUACCGCAACAUAUUCUUGAAUGAGAAACCGUGCAUUUACAGUGACUCUGACCCGCUUUUGGGCAAUUUCUGGUCAGCUCUUAACGUACGCGGGCUCAAAAUUGAAGAUGCAGACCAGAAACUGAGUGCGUUAAUCCAAACCCUACGCGAAUCAGCCUUGCUAAGCUCGUACGUAGAAAACGUACAGUGCACCUGGCAUUUGAACAAUGCUCUUUUGCAGGAGCUGUUGGGAGUAUUGGUCUCGCAAGCAUCCCAUUUACGACACUUUCGCAAUUAUUUGACUACAGAACUCGUCGAUGAUCUAAAGAAAAUCGCCCCUCAGCUUCAGUCAGUGGAUAUUCCUCCCCCAGGUGUUUUACCACAACAAGAGGUGAGCAGCUCAUACCUACCGAAUAUGAAAGACCUGGUGCAAUUUUAUUCAUUUGACAACAUCACAUCUUUGAACAUAUACAUGGAUCCUGGUCAAUUUUUCAGCAAUUAUGCAGCUUCUGCGCCAAAACUGCGACUGAGAGAACUGGGAUUGAGCUUAAGAAACGACAACUACGACCCGGCUUCUUUUCAAGCCGCAAGGUACACAUACAGCGAAAUUUUUGACGUGCGCUACUUGGAGAUGGUGACCAUUUUAUCAUGGUACGAAGCGGAACGGGUUGAUGUUUACGAGAAAUAUCAUUUGAGAGAGCUACUUGAGUUUAAAAACUUGAAGGAACUAACUCUGCUGUCACUUUACGCAAACGAAAGCUUUCUCAGAGAAUGUAUAAGAUCCUUCACCCAGCUACGUCGCCUGAAACUUGACUUCAUGCUUGGCCACAGGAUCGAACAGGAAACUUUAGCUCUACUUGCCCGAAGCCCAGCCCAUCUUUCCUUACAAUACCUUGAUCUGAAGUGCGCGCCGUUAGAUCCUUAUUUGGUAACUGUUUUGCGUGGCAAUGCGUCCCGUUUCGAAAUCGCUGAAACCUGUAUAUGCCCCACAUGUCGUGAUGUUGCACAGGAUAUAAUUCGCAAAAAGUUCUUUCCAACGCACUCUUCCUUGCAUAUCAGAAGCCUCGAGGACAUCCCCAAGAGAGACAUUAUCACCAGGAUCGUCUCAGUGUCACCGAUUGUUCCAUACGCACUAUUCGUCGAUACGCGGCCCGGCCUCUCAUUUAUUGAAAGUCCCGCUGAGGAUGUUGCCAGGAUUUUGAACAAAGCACUGGGAAAAAAUAUGCUGGUCGCAGAGGACAUUGUAAAAGUCUACCAUGCCCAUUUACACUCUCUGAAGCGAACUUUCACCUAUUUUUUGCAGAGGUUUCCUAAUCUCAAAUUUUUGACUGUAAAUGACGUUCCUACAUCGGUUGAAGAAGGCCCAGGUGGUCAGAAAUACAAUCAACCAAUUUACCAUAAUCAGGGCUAUCAAAACAAUCAAGUUUAUGAAGUAGUUGAUUACGAUAAUUUGUUCGGAUGA